GCAAAAGAGUGCAGCCACUUAUGUAUCCAUCAGCUUUCCCGAACCCCCAUAAUUUGCCUUCAUGGAGAACAAGAACGGAAUCAAUGACUAGAAUGUGAUCGUGCUCUCUCCAUCUUCCCCUUUCUUCUCUUUCUCUUUCUCUUACUCUCUCUAUUCACCUCUUUUUUUUAUUUCCUACCCCACGCUUGUCCAUCUCCCCUUCUUUCUUAUUAUUCCCGCUGCCUCCGGAUUCGGGCGACCCGUUCCUCCCUUUCUUUCCUUGUCCUCUAGGUAUAUUCGGUGAUUAGGAGCAACCAUGUUCUUCUCUCAAGACCCUACACACUUCGUCCGCGCCGCGGAACUCAGGCAGGAACCUCCAAAGGGCACUCCUUACUCUGUCGCCAUCCCAGGCAGCGAGCAGCCCGGACGCAGCCCCGUCUAUCGUACAUGGAACGCACAGAAGGAACUCGUCAAGACGCUGGACCCUAAGGUUACCACGGCCCAUGAUAUGUUCGAAUCGACCGCAACCCGUCUUCCCAAAUCAGACUGUUUUGGAUGGCGUCCAUACGACCCCGUCACAAAGACUUAUGGCCAAUACCAAUGGAUGGAUUACGAGACCGUCCAGAAGCGACGCACUGUCUUGGGUGCUGGUUUGGUGGAGCUUCAUCACAAGCACGGUUGCGCUCGCCUGGGCCAAUACGGUAUUGGUCUCUGGUGCCAGAACCGACCGGAAUGGCAGAUUACAGAUCUGGCAUGCAUGUCCCAGAGCCUGUACUCCGUCUCGAUCUACGAUGUCCUCGCUUCCGACGCUACAGAAUAUAUCAUCAACCACGCAGAAUUGAAUUGUGUUGUGGCUUCUUUGCCUCACAUCCCCACAUUGAUCAAGCUGAAGCCCCUGUUGCCUGAUCUGAAGAUGAUUAUCUGCUUGGAUCCUCUGGAUGCGGGAGAAGAGAACGGUCACUCUAAGCGCGCGCUCCUGGAGUCUAUGAUUGCGCAGCAGGAUCUUGCGCUUUACACCAUGGACCAGGUGGAGCAGCUUGGCGCCGCCUCUGGCCGUCCCUGCAACCCUCCCAAGGCCUCCGAUAUCGUGACCGUUAGUUAUACCUCUGGCACCACCGGCGCCCCCAAGGGCGUGGUGCUGACCCACGAGAACGCGGUCUCGGCGACCUCCUCCGCUCUGGUUACGAUCCCGCAGGCCCGUGGCGAUACAAUCGCAUCGUACCUGCCCCUGGCGCACAUUUUCGAACGGUUGACGGAACAUGCCGCCUUAUGGGCUGGGGUUCGUAUCGGAUUCUUCCAUGGAAACAUCCUCGAGCUGGUUGACGAUCUCAAGAUGCUGAAGCCCUCUGCAUUCGUGUCGGUCCCCCGCCUCUACAGCCGGUUCGGAACUGCCAUCCGUGCUGCCACCCUCGAUGCCCCGGGAUUCCGGGGAGCGCUCUCCCGACACGUUGUUGCAGCCAAGACUGCCAACCUGGAGAACCCCGACCCGAGCAAGGCCACGGUCCGGCAUGCUCUGUACGACCGCAUCUGGGCCAAGAAGGUUGCCUCGGCUAUUGGUCUGGAGCGCGUGAGGGUCAUGGUUUCUGGAUCCGCACCCUUGGAUCCUUCUCUGCACAACUUCCUGCGCGUGGCUAUCGGGGCGGAUUUCAACCAGGGGUACGGCUUGACCGAGUCGUAUGCUAUGGCGUGUGCCCAAUCGUCGAAGGAUUUGAGUUCAGGCAACUGUGGCCGCGUGGCUCCUAGCACAGAAGUCUGCUUGUUGUCUCUUCCCGACAUGGAGUACUCGGUUGAUGACAAGCCCUUCCCCCGCGGUGAGCUGCUCCUGCGCGGCCCCAACGUUUUCCGCGAGUACCUGAAGAACCCGGAGGAGACCUCCAAGGCCAUCACUGAGGAUGGAUGGUUUCGCACCGGCGAUGUCUGCACCAUUGAUGAUAUGGGCCGUGUUAUCAUUAUCGAUCGCCGCAAGAAUGUCCUCAAGCUCGCGCAGGGCGAGUAUAUUUCGCCGGAGCGCCUGGAGGGUCUCUGCAUGUCCGAGCUAGGCUACUUUUCGCAGGCCUACAUCCACGGGGACAGUGUGCAGACCUUCUUGAUCGGCGUCUUUGGCGUUCAGCCUGAGCUGUUCGCUCCCUUUGCCAGCAAGGUUCUCGGCCAGACCAUCGAGGCGACUGACCUGGAGAGGAUCAAGGCCGUGCUGAACGACGACAAGAUCCGUAAAGCCGUGCUGAAGGAUCUCGAGCGGGUGGCCAAGAAGCACAGGCUUGCCGGAUACGAGAGGGUGAAGAACUGCGCUCUGAUGGUUGAGCCAUUUACAGUUGACAACAACCUGUUGACACCCACUCUCAAGCUUAAGCGACCUCCUGUUGUGAAGCAAUAUCGCCAGCUUCUGGAUCAGCUCUAUGCGGAUGCGAUUGAAGAACAGUCUGCUCCGAAGGCCAAGCUGUAGAUUUUGAUAGAUUUUUUUUUUUUUUU